CCUGUCUCCCCCUCCCUACGAAUCUGUUCGCUCCCUAUGGGAGGAGGCACGCAGGAAAUCGGGGCUGAGUUGCUACUCUAGCAACCAAGCCCAGCCUGUUAGCGCGGGGCAGGGGGAUGGGGCUUUAGGUACCGUCUGUCCGGACUCGGAUCCAAACCCCGCUUCCACGCAAACAUCUCCCCCACCCCCAGCAGCAGCUCUGCCCUUGCAUGGACCAGUGGGGUGGGGGAGCCGAGAUCUGGUUCUGCGCAUGUUUGAGAGGAGAUCGGAAACUUUUCCUUCGCUUCUGGACAGAGGCCGAGGGCUGCGGGGCGGGGGAGAGGGGCAGAGACUGAGGCAGAAAAUGGCGAGUCGUGGGAGUUGCGUGGAGAAAGCGGCUUUCCUCUGCGCCUUCCUGCUGGCCACUUGCAGCCUGGCGUCCUGCGCCCAAGCAGAGCCGGAGGAGACAGGGCGAGACGACCAGCGCGCCUGUCACGGGGCCUUCGAUCUCUACUUCGUCCUGGAUAAGUCUGGAAGUGUCAGAAACCACUGGACAGAGAUCUACUCUUUUGUUGAGAGCCUGGCUGAGAAGUUUAUAAGUCCAAUGCUGCGCAUGUCCUUCAUUGUCUUUUCCUCACGAGGCACUACGAUCAUGAAGCUUACAGAAGACAGGGAAGCCAUAAGACGGGGGCUUGAGAUUCUUCAGUCUGAAGUGCCUGGAGGAGAUACAUUCAUGCAUGAAGGAUUUAAAAGGGCAAAUGAACAGAUUUACCAUGAAAACUAUGGAGGACUCCGGACAGCUAGUGUGAUUAUUGCUCUGACAGAUGGGGAGUUGCAAGAGGUUCAGUUUUAUUAUGCUGAGAAAGAAGCCGACAGAGCCAGAAGCCUCGGAGCUAUCGUUUAUUGUGUUGGAGUGAAAGACUUUAAUGAAACUCAGCUGUCGACAAUUGCUGACAGCAUUGAUCACGUUUUCCCAGUAACUGGCGGCUUUUAUGCCCUAAGAGGCACAAUUGAUUCGAUUCUGAAGAAAUCCUGUAUUGAGAUCCUGGCAGCUGAACCAUCCAGUGUCUGUGCAGGAGAAUCCUUUCAAGUUGUGGUCAGAGGCAACGGCUUUUAUCACGCAAGAAACAUCGAUCAAGUUCUCUGCAGCUUCAAGAUCAAUGACACCAUAACAAUCAAUGAAAAACCGACUAUUGUUCAAGACACCUAUUUGCUUUGCCCUGCACCAGUAAUAGAAGACAUUGGACAGGUGGUUUUCCUCCAAGUCAGCAUGAACAGCGGGCUAACAUUCAUCUCCAGCUCUGUCAGCAUCACCAGCACACAGUGUCUCAGUGGGACAAUCCUUUUCAUCGCACUCUUAAUUCUGUUCCUGUUGCUGGCCUUGGCGCUGCUUUGGUGGUUUUGGCCUUUGUGCUGCACGGUGGUCAUCAAGGAGCCUCCACCACCACCGCCCCCAGAGCCUGAAUCGGAUGAUGAAGAUGGAUUGCCAAAGAAAAAGUGGCCAACCGUGGAUGCAUCUUAUUAUGGAGGCAGAGGUGUUGGUGGAAUUAAGAGGAUGGAGGUGAGGUGGGGAGACAAAGGAUCGACGGAGGAAGGGGCCAAAUUAGAGAAGCCCAAAAAUGCCGUCAUCAAAUUGCCAGAGCAAGAGUAUGAGCCGUGGGAGCCCAAGCCGAAGAAACACAAUGUGAGGAAGCCACCUUCCCAGAGGAAAUGGUACACUCCAAUCAAGGGCAAACUUGAUGCGUUGUGGGCUCUGGUUCGUCGAGGCUACGAUCAAGUCUCUCUUAUGAGACCACAGCCAGGGGAUAAGGGCCGAUGCAUAAACUUCACGCGGGUGAAAUCAGAUGGAAGCACCACCCCAUACCGCCCGCCGCCGAAGCACGACGCCACCCCCCUCAACAAUGCUCCGAGAAGUGCCUCGCCUUCGGCCUCUCUGCAGCCUCCUUUCAGGCAGCCUCCUCCUGGACCACCCCCAUCCCGAGUGCCCCCGGGACCACCUCCGGCGCGCCCGCCCCCACAACCCCAGGCUUAGAGUGCGGCAAAAACCAAGAUUGCUCUCUGCUGAGCAUGGCAUAUUUAUUGAGGCUUGGUUUACAGUCGAAAGAUAGCGAAAUUUGUUGCUGGUCAGCAAAAAAAAAAUUGCCAAGUGUCAGUUUUACUGUAUAAAUAUAUUUAUGCCACACGUGCUGAGUAAACAUUCAGUGGAUAAUUCUGGAGCUACUGGAUGUAGAACAAAACCAAAACAAUCAUCUAGACACAGUAGCAGUGUUUAUAUAGAUACACAGACACACACAUUCUUCGGAUUUAUCCGCACAUGACGUUUGUAUGACAUUAUAUGUCCUAUCAUACAGGAAAACCCGAGCCAGAUACACAUGCAUCAGUCAGUAGAAAAGUGCCACCUGCAAAUGAGUUGGGUAAAUUGAAAGUCGCUCUUCUCCCGAUAAACACAACACAAACAGGGAGCAGUGAUUAAGAGGGAGCAUUCACCUUGGUUUGUUCUGCAAGGGGAAUUUCCUGGGUAAUGAUAAUAGAGCGGAGGUGAGGCUAUGCACCAUGCAGUUCCAGUGAUUUAGGGUGUGGAAUCUGCCCUGUGGUUUCUCCCCCACCCCCACCCCGAGAAGAUCAGUAUUGAAACCAAAAUCUUUGAUUUAACUAGAUUUGGCCUUUGUUCUUAAUUUCCUCAGACACAGGCCAUAAAAGCUAAUUUGGGGUCUGAAAACCUCAGACUGAGGCAGAUCUUUCCAAAGUUCAGGGGAAUGUGGAAAAAAGUUUCUAGGUUUUUUUGCAUUUUUAAAUUUUCAUUUACAUAAAAGGGCCUCCCACAUGGCACAGACGUAUAUGUCCCUUAUAUGUGACUGCUACUGUAUAUAAGUAGCAUGUUUGAUACACCAGACGUACGUGGGAACACAUAGGGACUGAUCCCAUGU